UCGGUUGUAUAUAUUCAUAUAAUCGUGUUAUAAUUCGACGUUUAACAAAAGUUUCAACAAUGUCUCGAUCAUUGUUCAAUCAAGAAAGUCAAGUAUUAUGUUCAAUUGAUCAUCCAAAUCUAGCUAAUAUUCUUUAUAAAACACUUGAUGGUCUUACAAUGAUAUCAGAAUAUACAGAACUUGGAGAUUUAUGUUUAUUAAUGAGACGUAUUACUGAGAAUGAUAUGAAUGCUCGACUUGAUCAUCAAGCAAUGUUAUUUGUAACAUGUCAAAUAUCUAAUGCAUUAACUUAUCUUGAAUCAAGACAAUUAAUACAUCGUGAUAUUUCAACAAGAAAUUGUUUAGUAUUUAAUAAUUAUAUGAUUAAAUUAACUGAUAUUGCUAUGGCAUCACCAAUUUAUUCACAUUAUUAUACAACUGAUGCACAUUUACCUGUUCGAUGGAUGUCACCGGAAGUAUUAAUAAAUGGUGGAAAUGGUUAUUCAAUAAAGUCUGAUAUUUAUAGUUUUGGUACAACUUUAUAUGAAAUAUUAACAACAUGUCGAAUACUUCCAUUUGCACAUUUAUCUGAUCAAGAAAUUCUUUUAUCACCACCAUUAUCAACACAUUUAGAUAUAACAUUUAUUGAUAAAAUACAAUUAAAUGAAUUAAUUGAUUUAAUGUUUGCUUGUUUAAAACUUAAUCAUCAUGAAAGACCAAUAUUUCAAGAUAUUCAUCGAUUUUUAUAUCAACAACAACAACAACAACAGUCAAAUUAA